AUGUCUAAAGUAACCCCAGAGCUUCGAGAGCAACUGAAGAAUAGUUGCCACCCUCUGAUCGAUGGCGUCGGCACUGCUUACGGAUACCAGCCUUCAAUGGCUGCUGGCAUUGUCUUCUGCGUGCUCUUUGGUCUCUCGAUGAUUGUCCAUACAGUUCAAUUUGCUUGGAAGAGGACCUGGUGGUGUUGCGUUUUCAGUAUAGGAUGUCUGACCGAAGUAAUUGGCUGGGCCGCUCGCACAUGGUCCGCCGAAUGUCCCUAUAACAUGACCGCGUUCUUGAUGCAGAUAUCUACUCUGAUCAUCGCACCCACCUUCUUCACGGCAGGAAUCUACGUCCUCCUCGGCCGCUUCAUCACCCUCCUAGGCCGCGAAUCCUCCUGCAUCGGACCAAACCUCUACCUCUGGAUCUUCGUCACCUGCGAUAUCGUCUCACUCGUCGUCCAGGCCAUCGGCGGCGGCAUGGCCUCCGCCGCGACAGACAAAGUCAACGGCGACACCGCCCCAGGCACCCACGUCAUGGUCGCAGGCAUCGUCUUCCAAAUGGCCUCCAUCACCAUCUUCGUCGUCCUUGCCGCGGACUUCGUCCGCCGCACCCUCCGCCGCCGCCUUCUGCAGUCCAUGACCGGCUCCAUCGUCCCCCUCCUCGCCGCGAUGGUCUUCUCCGUCGUCUGCAUCUAUAUCCGUAGCAUCUACCGAACUAUCGAGCUGUCCGAGGGCUAG